AUGUCUCUAUCCAAGGUGACCCUCACACUGCGAGAGAAGCUCGACUUCUUACCAGCCAUCGGCUCCAUCCUCCUCACCGCAUUCUAUGCCCUCCUAACAGGUCUCUGGCGCACCGAGCGUCAAGCCAAGACCCUGUUCCUGCAUCUGGGCUACGCGCUCUUCCGCAAAGCCACAGCGCGCUUGUCCCCAGGUCAAAUGCAAUACGUGCUGCCAGCCACCAACAAAAUCUACGAGCUGUACACCCAGAAGACAGGCGCAUUCCCAGACUCCGUCGACCUAGGCAAUGGCGCCUACGGCCACUGGAUCGGUGAUCGAAAUGCAGACAACGUGAUCGUCUGGUACCACGGUGGGGGGUUCAGCCUCCCCGCAAACAUGGGCUACUUCAAAUUCUACACCCAACUGGUCCACGACCUACGCGCAGCAGGAAAAAGCGUCGCCGUCUUCAGUCUCUCCUACACCCUCGCCCCAACAGCAACAUACCCCACCCAACUCCGCCAGGCCGUCUCCUGUCUCGCACACGUGCUCCCCACCCGCCCGACCGCCCGCAUCUUCCUGGGCGGCGACAGCGCAGGCGGAAACCUCGUCUCAGGCGUCCUGUCGCAUCUCGCGCACCCGCAUCCGGAAAUCGAUCCCCUCCCGCUGAAGGGGAAUCUCGGCGGCGCGGUGAUGAUCGCUCCAUGGACACUUCUUGACGUCGAGUUCCCGGAUAUGGAGGUGUAUCAUGGUGGUGAUAUUAUUACCACUGCUGUUGCAGGGCCGUGGGCUGGUGCCUAUGUGGGGUCUGCGAAGAGGGAUUAUUAUACGGAUUUGUCGACGGCACCGGCGGAUUGGUUUGGUAGUUUCCCUGUUGACUCGGUGUUGAUUACGGCUGGUGGGAAUGAGAUUAUGUUGCCUUUGAUUCAGGACUUUGCGGGGAAGUUUAAGGAGGGCUUUGAGAGGGUUGAGUUAUUUGUUGGUGUGCGUGAGUGUCAUGUUGCGCCGGUUUAUCAUCUUGAGUUGGGGGAUGCGACGAAGACGGAGCAGGGGAGGAGGGUUGAGGAGUUUUUGGGGGAGUUGAUGGCUUGA